AUGAAUUUACACAAUUUUGUGCGAUGGCGCCUCUGGCUGUUGCACGGUGCGGUGUUUUUAUGCACCCUAAAUGGUGUGCAGUCGGACGCUUCGACCGUCCAAAGUAAGUGUUUUUGAAGAUAUUUGGAGUGGUUUUUGGGACUUUUGGGACUUAGAAGUAAUAAAAAUUUUAUUGAAAAAUAAUUUUGGGAUCUUCAAUAAGAAUUUUUUUGCUUCUUACGCAAGUUUUCCAUUUUUUUUUAUUUCAAUGUUUUGGGAAAAAAAGUUUCGAAAAUCUUUCGGAUCGUAUUUUAAAUAUUUUAAAAAAACUAUUUUUAUGCAUUUUUUCGGAUUUUUAGAGCAAUUUUUGGUUAUUACGCAAGUUUUCAAAAAAAAUUUUUUUUUUGAAUUUCAAUAUUUUGGGAAGAAAAAAGUCUCGAAAACUUUUCGGAUCGUAUUUUAAAUAAUUUUUAAAAACUAUUUUUAUGCAUUUUUUGCGAUUUUUAGAGAAAUUUUUGUUCUUACGCAAGUUUUCAAAAAAAUUUUUUUUUUGAAUUUCAAUGUUUUGGGAAGAAAAAAGUCUCGAAAACCUUUCAGAUCGUAUUUUAAAUAUUAAAAAAACUAUUUUUAUGCAUUUUUUGCGAUUUUUUGAGCAAUUUUUGGUUAUUACGCAAGUUUUUGAAACCAAUUUUUUUUGUUGAAAAUCGGUAUUUUUUUGGGGAAAAAUUGCCCGCAGCGCCUUUCGCCGUAUUUGACAAAGUUUUAUUUUAUUUUACAGGCUUUCUUGAGCUUCAAAAAAUACAAAAAUUUCAUCAAUUUUUGAAAAAUUUUUUUUUGAAUUUCAAAUAAAAAAAAUAAAAAAUAAGAAAAAAAUUUUUUUUUGAUUUUUGACUUUUUUCCAUUUUUUAACCUCAAUUUCAGUAUCCUCUCCAUUCCGAUCCAGCCCUCCGGGCAUUAGGCCACUAGUCUCGGGCACCACCAAUCGGCACGGGCAGACGGUUUGCGCGGAGAACGAAUUCCGUUGCGACGAUGGACAUUGUAUACGAUUGGAGUGGAAAUGCGACGGCUCUGGCGAUUGUGCCAACGGAGAGGACGAGAAAGAUUGUCGUAAGCUUUUUUGGAUAUUCUACUUGACUUUAAAACUAAUUUUUUUGAUUUUUUCUCAAAAAAUCUCAAAAAUAAAAUCCGUAUUUUAGGCUUAAAAAUUGUCGUAUUUUAGCUGAUAAACUGAUUUUAAUUUUUAAAAUACGGACCUCACACUUCUUCUGUCAUUUUUCAAAAGUUUUAUUUUUACGCCCUAAGGCAUCUUCCUAAUUUUUCUUCAAAUUUCAACAAAAAAAUCGGUACUUUUCGCCAUAAAAUCCCGCAAUUUUCAGCCCAUCCCGGAUGCAAGGCCGACCAAUGGCAGUGUGACAAAUACGAGUGGCAUUCCGUCUCUUGUAUUGCCGAAUAUCAGCGUUGUGAUAACAUUACCGAUUGUGCGGAUGCCUCGGAUGAAAAGGAUUGUCGUAAGUACUCUCAGUAGAUUAAAUUUUGCUUAAAUUACUCUUGAUUCGUCUUUUUCUAUCCAUUUUUAUUUCAAAUUUAUGAAAAAUCGUGAUUUUUCUCUGCAGCCUGCAGAAAGGUCGGGCGCGAGCUGCCGGACUGGAAAAUCAUUAGAAAUGCGGUAAUUUUGUUAAAAUGAGUAGUAGAGAAAGUAUAUAUUAGUAAGAUACAAUUUUUCUUUUGACAUUCAACUUUGGAGCUAAAGUCUCGGGCGCGAACUGCCAAACUUUAAAUGAUUACAAAACGAGAUUUUUUUGGGAAAAUAAAAAAUGAAAAAUAUUUUUCAACGUCAUAAUCGCUUAAAAUGUACUUUGUAAGACUCUUUUUUGCCUUGUCGUUGCUGUUUUUGAAGUUUUUUUGGUUGGCAGCUUGCGCCCUAGGUUACUUGAAAAUCGACCAGUAGGCCUUGAAAUUAGCAAAUUUCGGUUCUAAUGGGUAGAUUAGAACUAAAAACGACAUUAUCAAAAAUUUCAGCAGCCUCUCCCAUCUCCUGCGACACCGGCGACGGCUCCGUUUUCCAAUGCGCGGAUGGCCGACAAUGCUUCCCAAUGACUCGGAAAUGCGACGGCCUCUACGACUGCCGCGAUCUGAGCGACGAGAAGGACACGUGUGGCUCGAAUCACACCGCCUGCUUCCAGUAUCAGUUCCGGUGCGCCGACCACUCACAGUGCAUUCAGAAGUCGUGGGUGUGCGAUGGGACGCCGGACUGCGCCGACAAAUCGGAUGAGCCGCCCACCUGCGGUGAGUUGAGGAAAUGAAUUUUUGAUUUUAUUAUUAUUAUUAUUAUUUUUUUGUGGAUUAGGAGGAUUUUUUGAGAGAUUAGGAGUUGGGAUAGAGAUGAAUAAGACAUGAUUUUAUGGGAAAACACGUUUUUAUAGCUAACAAAAAUUGAGCAUUUCUUAAAAUUGGUUUAUACUAGUCGCGGAAAAAAGUCCUUAGAAUUUUCUGCGACUCUGCACUGUGCAUUCACACGAAAACACAUUUUGCACCGUGCAUCCGGCCCGAAAAGUGCUUUUGCACUGUGCAAUUUCGUUGUUUUUGCCGGUUGAACCUGAACUCUACCCCUUUUCUGAACUUUACCCCUUUUUCAACUCUACCCCUUGAAUGAACCCUCCCCCUUUUUGAACACUACCCCUCAUUUUAAAAAUUGAAAAAAUGAGGUGUGACAUCUUAUACGAUGAAAAUUUUUUUCAAAUUGAAAAACGAGGUGUGACACGUUAUACGAUGGAAAUUUUUUUCAAAUUGAAAAUAAUAAGGUGCGACAUCUUAUACGAUGAAAAAAUUUUUCAAAUUGAGAAAAAUGAGGGGUGACACGUUAUACGAUGAAAAAUUUUUUCAAAAUGAAAAUAAUAAGGUGUGAAUUUUUUCUCAAUUUGAAAAAAAAUUUCCGUCGUAUAACGUGUCACACCUCGUUUUUUCAAUUUGAAAAAAUUUUUCAUCGUAUAAGAUGUCACAGCUUAUUCUUUCCAAUGUGAAAAAAAUUUUCAUCGUAUAACGUGUCCCACCUCAUUUUUCUCAAUUUGAAAAAAAUUUCCAUCGUAUAACAUGUCACACCUUAUUUUUUCAAUUUUCAAAAUGGGGUAGUGUUCAAAAAGGGGUAGAGUUCAGAUUUUUUGGCGAAAAUCAAAAAAGGGGUAGAGUUCAGCCUUUUUUGGGGUAGAGUUGAAAAAGGGGUAGAGUUCAGAUUGGGGUAAAGUUCAGAAAAGGGGUAGAGUUCUGCCGCAACGGUUUUUGCCUUAUUGUCGCGCGCGAUUCCUAUUUUUCUCAGCGACAAAUCGACUUUUCGGGGUGCGACGGGAUUUGGGGGUCGCGAAAAAUUCUAAGGACUUUUUUCCGCGACUAGUAUAUAAAUUUUUUAUCCUAAUUUUAUGAUUUUUAAAAAUUUUGAAUUUUUUUGCUUGAAAUUUUUAUUAUGAAAAAAUUAAAGAUUUUUGAUAAAGAAAAGAACACCUAUCGUAUUUUACCCCUAUUUUACCUCAUAUUAAAAUUUUUUUUGUUUAUUUUUUUGUCUACUACAAUAUAAAAUUUCCGACCUUUUUUCAAAAAAUUUCGUUUUUUUUUUGAUUUUUACAAAAGUUAUCGGCUUUUAGAAUUAAUAAUGAACCUCGUGGAGUCCGCGUAUUUUACAAUUACUUUGCAAAAAAAUUUUUCGGCUCUUUGUAACCUACAAUAUAUUUUUUUCAAAUUAAUUAAAUUUUUUUAUCAACCUAUAGCCCAGGACAUCACGUCGUAUUUUAAAAAACAACUUAUUAUUUUAUUUUAUUAUUUUUUGUACACUGCAAAUAAAUUUUCAAAAUUUGUGUUGCAAAAAACGUCGUAUUUUAAAAAAAAUCCAAUUAUUUUUACUCUCUAAAAACUAAAUUUUCAAAAAAAAAUUUUAUUUUUCCUUAUUUUAGCCAGAUCGUAUUUUACAAAUUUAAAAAAAUCCCAAUUUUUUUUUUUUUUUUUUCAAAAAUAAGCCCAAAAAAGUUGUAACUUUCAAAAAAUUUCAGAGUUCAAGCCCUGUUCGGGUGGGGAUUUCCAGUGCAAGAACAAGCGCUGUAUUCCGCGCAAGUUCCACUGCGACUACUACGACGAUUGCGGGGACAACUCGGACGAGGAGAACUGCGGCGAGUACCGGUGUCCGCCGAAGAUGUGGCCCUGUCCGGCGUCGGGGCACUGCAUCGACGAGGAGCGGCUGUGCGACGGGACGGCGGACUGCAAGGACGGGGCUGACGAGAAGAACUGCACGCACAAUCUGUGCCCCACUUUGGGUUGUCAGGCGGGCUGUAAGGCGUCGCCGGGAGGGGGGAUUUGCACGUGUCCGCAGGGCUAUAAGCUGGAUUCGAGGUUCAAGCGGACCUGUUCGGAUAUCAAUGAGUGCGCCGAGUUUGGGUAUUGUGAUCAGAAUUGCCAGAAUCACAAGCCCGGAUUCACCUGUCAGUGUCUGGGGACAUGUUAUACGCUGGAAAUGACGCACAGUGCGGCCAAUGGAACUAUCCGGGGGUACUGUAAAUCUGCGGAACCGGAGAAAAUGAGACUAUAUGUCGCGAGAAGAGAGGGCCUCUACUUGGUGGACCCCAAUUCCAAACACGACGAGCCGAAACGCCUCACCAACGGCGAGUUCAUUUACGGCGUCGCGUUCGACUUCAACGACCGAAAACUCUUCUGGACCGACCGAUUGACCCACUCGGCCUUCACCGCAGACAUCAAACAGGAUGGAGACAUAGAGAAUUUGAAAAAAUUGGACCUGAAGUCCCUCAUUUACCCAAGGAACAUUGCUGUCGAUUGGAUUGCGAAUAACUUGUACAUUGUGGAGAGUGGCAGCCGUAGAAUUGAUGUCAGCGAUUAUGAAGGCACAAAAAGAACUGUCUUGUUGGCUGAUGGACUCACGCUGCCCUUGGACAUUGCACUAGACCCGUUGAGAGGGUAAGAGCCGAUUUUUCGGAUUUUUAGGAGUUUUUUGGAAACUUUAUCGGAUGAAAAGCGCCGUAUUUUAACAUAGACAUUUUUUAGAGUAUAAAAAUUAAUUUUGAAAUUGAAAACUUUUUUUAAAAAUAAAAAAAAAUUUUUUUUCGUAUUUUAGCUCAAAAAUUUUUUUGAUAGCUCUAAGAGGUCCUAGAUGCUGUAAAAAUUAGAAUUAUGAUUUUUAUUUCCCUUCUCUCGCCCUUCAAAAACCCUAAAAUCAUCUUUUUUAGUCUAAAAAUAUCAAAUCAUUUUUUCGUAUUUUAGCUCAAAAAUUAUCUUGAAAUUUUACACAAAGAUAUUCUAGUCACUCUAGAAAACACUAUUUUACUCUUUAUUUUUCCUUUUUCACCCUAAAAUCGACUAUUUUUAAUGAAAUUCCAAAAAAUCCGUCAUGAUGACAUUAUUAUAAAACAUGAUUAUAUCAAAAAUUUUGGCACAGAAUAAAUCCUCGAGCUCUAAAACACAUAGCAAAUUUUUUUGAGAGCUAAAUUGUGUCGUUAUGACGGAUUUUUUGGAAGUUUCAAAAAAAUUGAUGACUUUCAAAAAAUUUUUUAAUUUGAAGUCCUAUUUUUGUUCUAAAAACGUUUUUUUGCCAUGAAUUUCAAAUUUCUAAUCACUAACCCAUCUUUCAGAGACAUGUUCUUCUCCAAUCAGUUCAAACUCGAGGCCUGUUCCAUGGACGGAACCCGUCGCCGCACCCUGAUCAACACCCACACCCAUCAAGUCAGUGGGGUUGUUGUGGAUAUUGCCGGAAAACGCGUCUACUGGGUGGAUCCGAAAGUUGAUCGUGUGGAGAGUAUCGAUUACGACGGAAAUGAUCGGAGGAUUGUGGCCACCGGCAUGAACAAUGUUCCGCAUCCGUUCGGGCUGACGCUGUUCGAUCAGUACUUGUAUUGGACGGAUUGGACCAGAUUGGGAGUGAUGAGGGUAAGUCAGAGGGUUUAUGUGCAAAAAUUUGCAUGUUUGAUCAAAAAAUUUAAAUAAAAUAAAAAAAAAUUUCGUAUUUUAGUAAAAAAAAUGCUGCAAAUGUAUCGUAAAAAUCUUCCCAAUACUCUAAGAAAUAUUUUUUACUCUUCAAACAUGUUCAAUCACCAUUUUCACCACAAAAAUCGAUAAAAUCCGUAAUUUUGAGAUGGCAGCUCGCGCCCUAUGUUAGAACGAAGAAAUCGGUGAAAUCAACUAAAAGUGUAUUUUUUGAGUAAAAUUAGGUGUAAAGUAGCAAUAGAAGUUGAAUUUUGUUUUAUUUGCUAACGAUUUAUAGUAAAAAAUCAAGAGUUGAACGAUUUUUUUAUCUUCUUUCUUGAUUUUAGGUAAUUUUUGGUGUUUUUAUGGGAUUUGAACACGGUUUUGGGGUGUUAGGAUGUUCCUUGUUGAUUUUUAGGUCGUUUGCAUCCUUUUUUGUCGUCAAAAAUUCAAGUUUAGGUAUCUUUUUUACCUAAAGUAAUGUAAUUCAAAAUUUCACAAAUUUUUCAAAAUUUUUAGGUAUUGCUUGCUUUAAAAUUAAAUUUUAGGACUUUUUAAAUGAUUUUCACGCUUUUUUAACCCAAAAAAUCGAGUUUUUACACCAAUUUUUACCUAAAACAAUAUAAAUUUCGACCUUGUUUUAGGUUGAGAAAUUCGGCUCCGAAACCGAGGAAGUGUGGAUCAAGAAGGAGAACAAUGUGUUCCCGAUGGGGAUCACCGCGCAUCACGCGAUGACGCAGCCCGGACCCGAGCACAGCGAGUGUUUCCAGCAGCAGAUCCAGAACCCGUGCGCGAACGCCGAUUGCCAAGGGAUGUGUGUGAUUGGGAAGGAUGCGUCGGGCUUCGGAGUUGGCUUUAGAUGUGCCUGUCCGAUUGGGCAAAAGCUGGUGGACGGGAAGCGUUGCGCGCCGUCCAUGGACUACUUGUUGUUCAGCAGCAACAAGGUGGUCAGGGGCAUCUAUCCGAACAUGGUGCAAGGAGCGUUGGCCGAAGCGAUUCUCCCAAUAUCACCGAUAUCUCAACGUCGUAUUGGAAUGUACUUCUCGGUGGAGUGCGACGUGCACGGCGGCAGUUUCUUCUACGCCGACAUCAUGGAUAACACCGUGUACCGGGUGAAGCCCGAUGGCGAGGGAAGUGCGCCGAUCCUCGUCACGCACAAUGAUGGCCUCAUCUCGAUGGCUUUCGACUGGCAAAGCAAACAGUUAUAUUAUGUGGAUAAUAUUCGCAAUUCGUUGGAGGUGGUGAAGGUCUCGGAACAGGUGAGAAAUUUUGAUUUUUUGUUUGGUUUUUAGGAUGUUGGAGGGACUUGAGAACGAGGCGUGAUUUUUGGAGGAGAUUUGGAGGAUUUUUGGCCGAUUUUUAGUUGGAAAUUUUUGGAAUCUUCGAAUUUUUUCGAAAAAGUUUGAGAUUUUAGGAUGGAUAAGGCGGAAAUUGAAUUUUUAGAGGAGAUUUUGAGAAUUUUUCAACUAUUUUUUGUUGGAAUUUUCGGAUUUCUUCGAAAAAGUUGGGGAUUUUUAUAUUUUUAAAAAAUUUUUGGGAUUUAUCGGCAAGUUAUAGGUUCCCAAAUUUUUCGAUCAUCAUUUUACCCAUUCUUUCGGAAAUUUUAGGAUUUUUUGAGAUUUUUAAAAUUUUUUCAAUUUCAAAAAUUUCCCCCAAAAAAUGAAAAUAUUACCCCAAAUUCCAGGGUCUUGUCCAUCCCGACCAACUGGUCCGUCGCCAACUCCUCACCCACCUCCACGACCCCGUCGCCAUCGUUGUCCAUCCCUGGUUGGGCUAUCUCUUCUACGCCGAAGCGGAACGGCCCGCCAAAAUUUUGCGUUGCAACAUCGACGCCAGCGAUUGCCAAGUGAUCCGAAACCAAUCCCUGGGCCGACCAUCGGGCCUGGUCAUCGACUUUGAGGAGAACAAACUGUGUGUCAGCGACUCGCUCCUCAAGUUUAUCGGCUGUAUGAACUUUGAUGGAAGCAAUUGGCAGACCAUCCCCAUCGAAAAUCCCAUCCCUGUGGCGUUGACUUUGUUGGAUGGUGAGGGAUUUUGAUUUUUUAUUUGAAUUUUAGGAGGUUUGGAAGAAAAAAGUUGAAGUUUUGAAAAAAUUUUUCAAAUUUUCUCGCCUUUUUUGGGUUAGUAAAAAAAAUUUUGGUGAUGAAAGCCAAAAGUUCGUAUUUUACAAAAUUUUUUUUGAAGUUUGGGAAGAUGAAUUAAAAAUUUUUCAAAAUUUUUUAAGUUUUAGUUGCGAAUUUUAUUCCAAAAAUAACUCUUUGGCUCUAAAUUUUACUUUACAGGGCCCCUUAUUUUAGGUGAAUUUGAAUUUAAACAUUAUUUUUUUGGCCCAAAAACUAAUUUUAAUGAAAUAAAAAGGGUCCGUAUUUUACCUUUUUUUUCAUUUUCAGACUCUAUUUUUUGGAUUUGAAAAAAUUUUUUGCAGAAUUUGGAAGUCGUAUUUUAUACGACCAAAUUUGAAUUUUGAUUUUUUUUUCAAUUUGCAGUCCGUAUUUUAGAAAUUUCAAGAAUUCGAAAAUCCGUAUUUUAGCUCAUUUUUAUUUCAAAAAUAAUUUUUUAGGGCAAAAAAUAACAUAGAAAUUCCUGCGUAUUUUAUCCAAUUUUUUUUUUAUUUUUACACCAUUUUUUGGAUUUGAAAAAAAAAAUCCGUCGUAUUUUAGCUCAUUUUUAUUUCAACAAUAAAUUUUUAGCCCAAAAAAUAACACGAUUGGGAAACUACAACGUAUUUUACCUUAAUAUUCAUAAUACAUUCAUUUUCAGACCACUUUUUCUACAUCCAUCAGCGUCCCUAUUCGAUCCGCAAAGUCUCGAAGAAGUUUGGCGGAGUCGGGAGUGUGAUCCGCGACUUCUCCAAGGAGGAGCGCUCCGUUUUCUCGCUGAAAGCCUGCUCGGCGGAGAACCAACCAAUCCCAGCACAGCAUGCUGAUCAUCCCUGCCACGAACACGACUGCGCCCAUCUCUGUUUCGCCGUCCCCAACAACGCCUCCAACGCGAAUUCGGGCCGAUUGGAGCGACUGAGCGGCAGCCUGGCGGGCUCGGCGCUGGUGAAGAAAUGCGGCUGCAAACAGGGCUUCAAACUGGGCGACAACCAACGCUCCUGCAUCCCCGACCCCACCGACCUCACCGAGCCCCUCUGCCCCCGCAAUGGAAGCCAAUUCCAGUGCAACAACGGUCGCUGCAUCCCGCUGGAGUGGCGCUGCGACGGCGAAGACGAUUGCCUCGACUUUUCGGACGAAAAAGACGAGAAUGGCGAGAAGUGCUUCAAGGAAAAACCAUGCCCGGAAGGCACUCUGAAGUGCAAUAACACCAAAAAAUGCAUCCCCAUGCAGUACGCCUGCGACGGGGACAAUGAUUGCGGCGAUUACUCGGACGAGGACUCCAAAUACUGCAAAGAUGGCCAACACCCAAUGUGUGGCGCCAAGAAAUUCCAAUGCGACAAUCACCGAUGCAUCCCAGAGCAAUGGAAAUGCGACUCCGACAAUGAUUGUGGAGACGGGUCGGACGAGAAAUUGGAGAUCUGCAAAAACUCAACUUGCACUGCGAAUCAGGCAAGGAGAAGAUAAAAUUUGGCAAUUUUUGGGAGCUUUGGCGGAGAUGGGGGUUGAGAAAGAAGAAUUGGGGCUUGAAUGGGGAUUUGGGGAAAUUUGAGAGCAUUAGAAUGAAUAUUUUGAUCAAAAAUUUUAAAGAUACCUAGGUCAAGGAGAAGAUAAAAUUUGGCAAUUUUUCUGAACUUUAGGGGAGAUGAGGGUUGAGAAAGAAGAAUUGGGGCUUGAAUGGGGAUUUCAGAAAAUUUUAGGGAGGUUUGGAACACAAAUUCGGAGAAAAAAUUUGAAGGAUACCGGAAGGAAGGAGAAGAUAAAAUUUGAAUUUUUUUGGGAACUUUAGGGGAGAUGAGGGUUGAGAAGGAAGAAUUGAGGCUUGAAUGGGGAUUUAGGAAGUUUUGAGAACAUUAGGCAUGAAGAUUUUGAUCCAAAAUUUGAAACUUACCUAGGUCAAGGAGAAGAUAAAAUUUGAAAAAUUUUUGGAGUUUUGAGGGAGAUGAGGGUUGAGAGAGAAAAAUUGAUGCUUGAAUGGGGGAUUUGAGAAAAUUUUAGGGAGGUUUGAAACGAAAAUUCGAAAAAAUUUGAAGGAUACCUGAAGGAAGGAGAAGAUAAAAUUAAAGAAUUUUUAGGAAUUUUAGGGGAGAUGGGGGUUGAGAGUGUAAAAUACGAGAGGAGGAGGUUCGGUACUCAAGAAAAUUGAUAGGAUUUAAAAGGAAAAUUGUGAUCUAAAUUUUGGAAGAUACCUGAAGGAAGGAGAAGACAAAAUUUGAGAAUUUUUGGGAAUUUUAGGGGAGAUGAGGGAUGAGAAGGAAAAAUUGGGGCUUGGGUUGGGAUUUGGAAAAAUUUUAGGGAGAUUCGAAACGAAUAUUUUGAUCCAAAAUUUGAAACUUACCUAGGUCAAGGAGAAGAUAAAGUCCUUGGAUUUUGAUCGGAAGACACAGUUUUUUUCACUUUUCUGAUGUCUACAGGUUAAAUGUGGAUCGUAAACAGACUUAUUUUCUUUUAAAAUACGACCCAUUUGGGGAAUUUCCUUAUUUUUCCCUAAAAGAACCAAAUCUGAUCUAAAAUAAUAGAAAUCUUUCAGUUUACCUGCGGAAACGGCCGCUGUAUCCCGGUGUACUGGCUGUGCGACGGCGACAACGACUGCUACGACAACACGGACGAGGACAAGACCCGCUGCCCGCCGCAGCAGUGCCGCUCGGACCAGUUCCGCUGCGCGAACGGCCACCAAUGCGUGGCGCUGAAGAACCACUGCGACGGGCAGGACGACUGUGAGGACGCGUCGGACGAGGACUCGUGCCUGGUGAACAGCGACAAGUGCGGCGACGACCAGUUCAAGUGCGUGACCAGCGGGAUCUGCAUCCCGAAGAGCUGGAAGUGUGAUGGGCGCGAGGACUGCGACGACGGAUCGGACGAGCCGAAAAGCUUGUGUGGCAUGGCGACAUGUCCAGAGGACCAUAUUCGAUGCAAGAACGGAAGAUGCGUAUUCAAAACAUGGGUCUGCGACGGAGAGGAUGAUUGCGGCGACUUGACCGACGAAUCCCCGGAGCACGGAUGUCGCCGUCCCGAAGCCGAGCUCACCAAAUGCCCAUUUGGCCAAGUACCUUGUCCAAACUCCCCCGAACAAUGCAUCCAGGUCCACCAACUCUGCGACGGCAAAGAGAAUUGCCCCGGCGGCACGGACGAGGGCGGCCGAUGCCUCCGGGAUUUGUGUGCCGCGGAUAGAGCUGGAUGCCAGUAUAAGUGUCAGAUGACCCCCGAUGGCCCCAUGUGCACCUGCCCCAUGGGCGAAGCCCUUAUGAAUAAGACCCACUGCGAACCGGAGAACGAAUGCCUCGACCCCCGCAGCUGCUCCCAGCGCUGCGAAGACGAGAAACACGGUUUCACGUGCUCUUGUGAUAUGGAAUACAUCCUCGCACCCGACAAAAAAACAUGCAAAGUCGCGGAAAAUCGCGAUGAAAUGAGAGUUUAUGUGUCGAAUAGAAACAGAAUUUAUUGGUCCGACCCCACCCUGGAGAACUGGCGAACCUUCGCCGCACAAGUUGAGAAUGCCGUGGCAAUCGCGUGGGACUCGGUCUCGGAUCGAAUCUUCUGGUCCGACAUCCGCGACAAGAAGAUCUACUCGGCCACCCGCAAUGGAACCGAUGUGGAAACAUUCAUCGGACAAGGCCUAGACAUCACGGAGGGCAUCGCCGUCGACUGGGUGGGCCGCAACUUGUACUGGGUGGACAGCUCCCUGAACACCAUCGAAGUGGCCUGUCUGGACAAGAAGGGCGUUCGUGCAGUCCUCUUGCAUGAGAAUAUCGACCAACCCAGAGGCCUGGCACUCGAUCCCCGCCAAGGACUCAUGUUCUGGACCGAUUGGGGACAAAACCCGAGAAUUGAAAGGGCCAAUAUGGACGGAACUGACAGGAAAAUCAUUGUUCACACCAAGAUCUACUGGCCAAACACGAUUUCGAUCGAUUACACGACGAAACGAAUUUAUUUUGCGGACUCGAAACUGGACUACAUUGAUUUUGUGAAUUAUGAUGGAACAGGGAGAGUUCAGGUCUUGGCCGCCCCGAAAUACGUCCAACAUCCACAUGCCAUGGCCAUAUUUGAGGAUAUGAUCUAUUAUUCGGAUAGGAGAUUGCAGAGAUUACAGGUUCGUAGUUUGCCCGGAUUACAAUCAAAUUUUGUUCUACUAGUGUGAGCUUAUCAGGGAUACUUGUAAUUUCUUUGUGAAACCUGCCAAUUAUGAAUCCAGACGAUGAUGACCCACCGUCGAAAAAAGUGGCACGAUCUAACAGAAAAUGGCGAGCUAAGGUCUUGAAUUCGUUUCCAGCUUAUCUAAAUGGGUAGUCAAACACCUGCACCGAUAACCAAACGGUCUAAAUGGCACGCCAAAUUGUUGGACUCACAGCCAUGACUAGCCAAAGACCGUCAAAUCGUACCGUGGCUGACCUGAUCCAGUGGCAAAAAAGUACCAUUUUGCAUCCGGGAAGUAUCAAAAAAGUAGCAAAAUAACUACCUCUCCAUGUGAAAAAACUAAAAAUUUCAAAAGCACUCCCUUGAGAGUUUUUUGAGAGAUUUCAGAACGGAGUUUUUUCACUUGGAGUGGGAGGUAUUUUGCUACAUUUUUUGAUACUUCUCGGAUGCAAAAUGGUACGUUUUUUACAACUGGUUCGGGCCCGUCACUGUAAUGGUCUUUGGCUAGCCAUGGCUGCCGGUCCAACAAUCUGGCUUGCCAUUUGGACUGUUUGGCUAUCGCUGCAGGUGUUUGGUUAGCCAUUUAGGAAAGCUGGGAAUGAAUGCAAGCCCUUUGCUCGCCAUUUUCUGUUAAAUCUGGCCGCUUUUUUCGACAGUGGGUGGGUAAUCAUCGUCUGGAUUCAUAAUUGGCAGGUCUCACAAAGAAAUUACAAGUACCCUGAUAAGCUCAAACUAGUAGAAAAAAAAUCUUAAAUUGGGCCGCUUUUCUGUUAAAUCUGGCCGCCUUUUGCAACGAUGGGUCAUAAUCGAUGCGGCUCGGUCGUAAUCGCAUUCUUUCACCCAUUAUUGACCGCUGCUUGCAGGUCUACCCGAAAUACCCGAACGGCACCACCCGAGACUACCCCAGUCACACGUUCAGCAAGGCGCUCGGCGUGGUGGCGGUCCAUCCCGUCCUCCAGCCCAAGAUCGACAACAACCCUUGCCACAACAACCCGUGCAGCCACGUGUGUCUGAUCGGAGCGAACGCCUCCAGUUUCUCCUGUCUCUGCCCCAUGGGAACGAGCAGCGGGCCGGACCAUCAGUGCGCCGUGGACCAUCGACCCUUCUUGCUGAUGAUCCAGAAGACCAAUAUCAUCGGAAUCAGCCUCGACAAAGCCAAUAACGGCACUCCCGAGCUGGCUGGAAUGACCCCGCUAAGUGGGCUGACGAACGCCUUUGAUGCGGAUUAUGACCCCAUGGACCGAGAAUUGUUCCAUCUGGAGCACGCAACCACCGCCAGAAUCAUCGGAGCGACCUUGAUCUCGGACUCGAGAAUUUUCAGAACCCAGCUGACCAGCAGCAAUAAGACCCAGUUCAGCGCGAAUCAAGUCGUCAACGACCCAUAUUGUGUGGCAUUCGACUGGAAUGGAAGGAAUUUGUAUGUAGGAAAUAAAGUCACCCAAACCAUCGAAGUGGUCAGAACUCAAGGACCCAGAGUAAGUGGAAUUGGAAGUUUUUUGGACUUGGAAAAAAUUUGAAAUUUGCAAAAAAAAUUUUUUGUGAGUGUUGGCUGCACAGUGCAAAGAAUUUUUUGGAUUGCACGGUGCGAAAGAACUUUCGUAGUUUUUGCACUGUGCAAUUUGUAUAUUUUUUUGCACAGUGCAAAAUGGAAAAGGAUUUUUUUGCUGGCACUGUACACUGUGGUUUGGAAAAAAAUUGAAAUUGCAAAAAAAUUUUUUUUUUUGGAUUUUUGGCUGCACAGUUCAAGGAAUUUUUUGGAUUGCACGGUGCGAAAGAGUUUCUUGGAGUUUUUGCACUGUGCGAAUCAAAAACAUUUUUUUUGCCGCAUUCGUUUCCGCACUGUGCAAUUUAUUUAUUUUUUUUUAUUGCACAGUGCAGAGGCUAAAAAUUUUUCUGUCUGCACUGUGCAUUAACAAAAAUUUCCCUCAUUUCGCACUGUGCAAAAAGAUUUAUAGAUUGCACGGUGCAAAAACCUUUUCGCACCGUGCAAUAUUUUCUGACUGCACUGUGCAUCAAAAAUCGAGUAAAUUUUUAAUUUUUUUUUUUUUUUUUUUUUUUUGAAAAUUUUGAUGAUUUUAAAAGAAGAUUUAAUGGAAUUUAUUGAUUUUUUGAGGGAAUCUGCAGACAUUUUAGAGCAAAUCAAAGAUGUUUGAGGUCUUUUUUGACCUUUUUUUUAUCAAAAAUAAGAUCCAUUUUCCCUAAAAUAAUAUAAUUUUUUUGCAGUUCCGCGCCGUGAUCCUGCACAACGACCAAUCCCCCACCACGGUGGCGCAACCCGUCUCGUUGGCGGUGGAUUCGGACCGUGGCUUCAUCUUCUGGCUGGAUCAGGGCGCCGGAGCGGCGACUCGAAAAGUGGCGCGCGCCGACCUCGACGGCGGAAAUCCGCUGGUGAUUGUGAGCUCCGACCUCAGCGAACUCGACCACAUUGCGCUCGACACGACCGGACAGCGGGUUUAUUACACCGAGGCGAAGGCGGGCCGGAUUACGUCGGUCGCCUACGACGGACAGGACAAGCAUUACAUUCUGAACGACGGAGGCAAACAACCCAAUGGACUGGCCUUUUUUGGCACCAAGUUAUACUACGGAGACACUGCAUUCGAUAAGAUUUUGGUGGGCGAAGUCGCCAACGACGGACAGCCACCGGAAUUCAGGGACUUUAAAAAAGACAUUGAUCAGCUGGUGAAUAUCAAGAUUGUGGACCCCCGCGGCUCCUCCCAGACCCAUCCCUGUCACGUCGAAAACGGCAAUUGCCCCCAUCUUUGCAUCCCCAAACAGUACUCCCAAUACGAAUGCAUGUGCGCCUCGGGCUAUCAAAAAGACGGCGCACAGUGCAAGGUGUACGACCAUAGUUUUUUGGUGGUAGCAUCGAAAAAUAAAGUCAUGGGAGUGGCGAUUGACCAAAACAAGGCGAGUGGAGUGGCCCUGGACCCGAUCGGAGGCACUGCCAUCACUUCCAUCGACUUUGAUUACGAAUCCAAAUCCAUUUUCAUCGCGGACGGCGCGGGUCCCAACAAAGGCAUCUACAAAAUCACGAUCGGAGAGUCGGAUGUGAAAGAGGUGGUCAAAAAUAACUUUGGCGGAUUCACGAUCCGAUCGCUGGCUGUGGAUUGGAUCAAUUACAACUUGUAUUUCAUCAGCGCCGACUCGGAUCGCACCCAUAUCGAGGUGUGUCAGCUGAGCGGAGAGAACCGCAAAAUCUUGUUGUCCACAAAAACUGAGACCCCCACAAGCAUUGCGGUCGACCCAAUUUCGAGGUACAUUUAUUGGGCCGAUCAGGGACAAAAGCCGAGCAUUCAGCGGGCGAAUCUGGACGGCAGCAGCAAGAAGGUGAUCGUCACCGAAGACCUGAAGGAACCCACCGAUCUGAUCGUCGACCCCAACAGCCACAUGAUCUAUUGGACCGACGCGGCCAUGGACGGCAUCUACAGAGUCCGUCAGGAUGGGGGAAAACCGGAAUUGGUCCGUGGAGAUAUAGCUGAAGCCACGGGAAUAUCCCUCCUCAAUGGCAUGAUGUACUGGACCGACCGCCGCCUCGAGAAAGUCUUCUCCGCCAGCGCCAAACCCAACACAACUCAACUCGUCCUCUCCCCAACAACUAUCGCCGCUGGCAUCCAGGAUAUGGGCGAUAUCAUUGCAUUCGACCCACUCACCCAGCCCAAAGCAUCCUCACCCUGCCAUGUCACCGACAAUUUGCGCAAAGCCCCGUGCCCACAGCUCUGUUUCGCCGUGAAUGGAAGCCCCACACCCAUAUGUGACUGCGCUAGAGGAGUACCGAAGGGCAGGACUUGCGAAGAGCCGGACACCUACUUGAUGUUCGCGGACGGAGAAACGAUUGUCGACUCGGCUAUUGUGCCAGGUAAGGGUUGAGAAAUUGAAUUUUGAGAUGGUUGAAAAGGGGAUUGGAAGGUUUUGAGAGGAAAAUUUUGUUUUUCUGGAAGCAUUUGGGGUACAAAAAAAUAAUUUUUUAUUUUUUAUUUAUUUUUUUUUUUUUUUUUUUUUUGCACUGUGCGAAGACUUUUUUAUUUAUUUUGUUUUGCACGGUGCGGAAGGAAUUUUUGAUUUUUUCGCACGGUGCAGAUGGGUUUUUGGAAUUUUUUGAGAAAUUUUGAGAGAAAAAGGCUCAAUUUUUGGAGGAAAUUGGGCUAAAAAAAUUUUUUAUUUUUUAAUUUCCUGCACUGUGCAAAAAUUUAUUUGUCUUUUUUUGCACGGUGCGAAUGGAUUUUUGGAAUAUUUCGCACGGUGCAAAUGGAUUUUUGGAAAAUUUUGGUAAAAUUUUGAGAGGAAAAAUCCACUUUUUUUAGGCAGCUGCACUACAAAAAAAUUAUUUUUUAUGUUUCUGCACUGUGCGAAAACUUUUUUAUUUUUUUUUUGCACGGUGUAAAUGAAUUUUUCAUUAAUUUUUUUUCAUUGCACUGUGCAAAAAAAAAUUUUUUUUUGAAGUUCACUUUGUGCAAUGCAAAAAAAAUUUUUAUCUUCUAAUUUCCCAAAUUUCAGGUCUCAAAAACGUCGCUCCCCGCAAAGAAUCCUUCCCUCCGAUCCCAGGUCUCCAAAUGUUCGACGUCGAUGUGAAUCUACGGCGCGUCUACUACGUGACGGAGAGCCCGCAAGGUGCGAACAUCAGCUGGUUCCACAUGAAUCAGCCCAAAUCGCCGCGUCUCAUCUUCUCGCCGGACCGCAACAAGAACACUGAACUGAAUUCCCGACACAUCAGCGACUUGCGGCUGGAUUGGCUGACCGGAAAAUUGUACUGGACCACGGGACGGACCGGGAAAUUGUACGCGCUGGACGUGGAACGGAAUCAUUUGGCGACAGUCGCGACCGGCGACUGGACCUACGCGCUGGCGUUGGACCCGUGCGCCGGCCUCGUUUUUUGGUCCGACUCGGGCUACAAGAUCUCGGGAGGCGCGUACGAACCCCGAAUUGAACGGGCGAACACCGCAGGCGGCGAUCGAAAAGUCCUCAUUAACACGGAAAUUUCGUUGCCAGCGGCGUUGACUGUCGAUUUCCGCGAACAACGCCUCUAUUGGGCGGAUAUUAAUCGCCUGAGUAUCGAGUCUUGCGAUUAUGAAGGCGGAAAUCGCGCCCUGAUCGGAGUGGGAUACCGCGCGAAAAGCCUGGACAUCUGGCACAACUGGCUCUAUUUAACGGAUCCUCUGGCCAAUGGAGUCUUCCGGAUGGACAAGUCCACCGGAAAUAACUUUGAAACAGUCGCAACGGACCGACGAAUCCCCGGAACCGUGAAAAUUUUCGCCUCCGAAGCCGAUGUGAAGACCCGAAAUCAGUGGUGCAACUCACACACUGCCGAUCUUUGCAAGAAAAACAACGGAGGAUGCGACCAGAUCUGCCAUGUGGUCCCACAUCAAAUCGGAGUGGCCGCAAGUAGAAUUCAAUGCGCCUGCAAUGAUACGUAUGAACUGGCACAGGAGCCCGGAAAGGACAUCCAAACACAGUGCAUUUUGAGGAGCACCCAGCAUGAGACCUGCGAAGGCCCCUACAAUUUUGUCUGUGAAGGAGAUGGAAAAUGCAUCGCGCUCGAUGUGACAUGUGAUGGGAAACCCGACUGCGCUGAUGGUUCGGAUGAACAUCCCAAUUAUUGCUGUAGGUUUUGGGGUGGAAGUUUUGGCGGAAAUUUUUAAAAAUAUUUUUUUUGGGGCGAUUUUUGCGCGAAGUUUUGGGUUUUUUGCACUGUGCGAAGUUUUGGAUUUUUUUGCACCGUGCAAAUUUUGAAUUUCGGAAUGAACCGUGCAAACUUUCGGUAAUUUUAGCGCACAGUGCAAGGCUUUGAAAUUUUAACGCACUGUGCGAAAGUUUUUGAAUUUUAGUGCACUGUGCGAACUUUUCGAAAUUUUAGUGCACUGUGCGGACUUCCUAAAAUUUUUUGCACCGUGCAAAUUUUGAAUUUCGGAAUGCACUGUGCGAAGUUUUGAACUUCGGAUCGCACCGUGCAAAUUGGAAAUUGAGUUAUGAAACGUUUCUGCACUGUGCAAUUUUUUGAAACUUUUCUGAUUGCACUGUGCGAAUUUUUGUGAAAUUUUUUUUCUGCACGGUGCAGAUUAGAAUGACAGACCGCACAGUGCGGUCUUCGGAAGAAAUUUUUUAUCGCACAGUGCAAAAAAUUCAGGGCUUGAGGUAAAAUACGAUCUGUAGCACUAUGGGUAUUUUCGGAAAUAAAAAAAAAUUCGAAAAAAUUAAAAAAAAUUUUUUUUUUCAAUUUUUUUUUUUUUUUUUUUUUGAAAAUUAAUUCCUGUUUUUUCAGUCACCCGUUUCUGUCCCGAGAAAUACUUCCUGUGCGCGAACCGCCGCUGCAUUCAGGACACCAAACAAUGCAACAACAUUGACGAUUGCGGCGACGGAUCGGACGAAUUGGACUGCAAUCCGAUCGCCGCUUGUCCGAACGGAACCUUCGCCUGCACCAAUGGCCACUGCAUCCCGCACUCGAAGGUGUGCGACGGACGAAACGACUGUCACGACGAGGCCGUGUCCGACGAAAACUCGAAGACCUGCCCCGGAUUGCCGAUCGAUUGCCGAGGCGUCCGAAUCAAGUGCCCAACCACCAAUAUUUGCAUCCAACCGGCUGACUUGUGCGAUGGAUACGAUGAUUGUGGCGACAAGGCGGACGAAAACAAGUUGUUUUGCAUGAACCAACAAUGCGCAGCACAUUAGUAGGUUUUUGGAUUUUUUUUUUUUUUUUUUGAAAUUUAGAGUCGAAAAACUGCACAGUGCGAAAAUUUGCGGACAAAUUUUUGUUUUUUGCACCGUGCAGUUUAAGAAAAAGUUCUUGCACGGUGCACAAUUUUUACUUCCGACCGCACUGUGCGAUUGACCAAAAAAUCUUUUGCACCGUGCAAUUUCUGAGCUGGUGACAGCACUGUGCGGUCGUCGAAAGGAAUUUUGCACAGUGCGGAUUUUAAUUUCUAAUCGCACGGUGCAGAUGGAAAUUAUUUUAUCGCACUGUGCAGUCGGAAGAUAUUUUUUUUGCACUGUGCAAAAAAAUUUGUGGGACUUUUUUAUCAGUGCAAGUAAUUAAAAAAAUUAAAUUUCGUCCCUCGAAAAAUUAUUUUUUGAACCCUGCAUUCGAAUUUCACCUCUGAAAUUCCAACUUUUUCAAAUUUUUUUCGCACAGUGCAAAAAAAUUUUUUUUUUUUUUGGAUUUUUUUUACACAGUCAAAAAUUAAAGUUGGCGCGAUCGAAAAGCAUUUUUGACCCAUUCAAGUCUUAAUUUCACCUCUGAAAUUCCAACUUUUUCAAAAUAAAAAAAAAAUUCAAAAAUUUUUAUGACUUGUUUUCACAUAAUCAAAAAAAAAAAUAAAAAAAAUUGGACCAUCGAAAAGCAUUUUUGACCCCUUCAAUCCCCUAAUUUUUUCAGUGUAAAAUGUCCGAACGGGCGCUGCAUCCCCGAGACCUGGCAAUGCGACGGCGACAACGACUGCGGCGAGGGCGCCUGGGACGAGACGCACGCCAACUGCACGGACACGCAAGGGAAACGUGUGUGUGUGGGCGAGUACCUGAUGCAAUGCAACAACGGGAAGUGCAUUUCGCGCGCCUUCAUCUGCGACGGCGAGGAUGAUUGUGGCGACGGCAGCGACGAAUCUACCGUCCACAAUUGCGGGAAUCGCACAUGCGGCGCCGACGAAUUCCACUGCCCAUCGAAUGCGAAUUUGGCCCAGCCCAAAUAUGAGUGUAUUCCGAAGUCGUGGCUCUGCGAUGGCGAUGUGACCUGCGCUAAUGGCGAAGAUGAAGCCGAGGAACUUUGUGGAGUCAGCAAAAAAGAAUGCAAUAAAGGCGAAUUCCGCUGCGCUAAUAAGCAUUGUAUUAAUCAGGCGUGGGAGUGCGACGGCGAUAAUGAUUGCCUGGAUGGAAGCGAUGAGCACACAAACUGCACAUACUCGGCCUGUCAGCCCGAGUUCUGGCAAUGCGCCAACCACAAAUGCAUCCCGAACACCUGGCGCUGCGACGGAAACGACGAUUGCGACGAUGGGAGCGACGAAAAAUCCUGCGAUGCGUCCGCCGCGACAGCCGCGGAGAAGUCGAAUUCAUGCCCGACCGGGCAAUUCGCAUGCCAGAGUGGCGAAUGCAUCGAGAAUUCGAAGGUCUGCGACCGGAUUUAUGACUGCCCCGAUCGAGACGACGAAUCACCGCAAUGCUUUGUGAAUGAGUGCGAGCUGGCGGAGUCCCCUCUAUGCGAACAGAAAUGCGUCGACAAGUUGAUUGGCUACAAAUGCGACUGUUUCGAGGGCUACAAGCUGGACAAAGACCAGAAAAGUUGCGUGGAUGCGGACGAAUGCGCGGAUGGGACCGCGAAAUGCUCGCAAAUCUGUGAAAACUCGAUCGGCAGCUACAAAUGCCGAUGCCAUGAGGAGUUCACGCUGGCUGAGGAUCAAAUUACGUGCAAGCGGAAUAACAAAGAACCCGCCCCGUAUCUCCUGCUGGCCAAUAAACACUACAUUCGCAAGCUCAGCGCCGACGGCAGCACAUACGAACUGCUGGCCCGAGGCUUCGAAAACGUGGUCUCCAUGGACGUGGACACUCAUGAAAACAAGAUUUACAUGAUGGACGCGGGCAAAUUAAGAUUGUAUAGAGUCAAUAUUGAUAACAUUGGAAGCCCCAUUAGCAACUAUGAAACGGUUGUAAGACAUAAUGUCUUCGGUACAGAGGGCAUCGCCGUCGAUUGGGUGGGCAAGAAAUUGUACAUGCUGAAUAGGCAGGACAGAUCGCUGAGAGUCUGCGAAUUGGAUGGAAGAUACUGUAAAACUCUGAUUAGAGACAGAAUUCAACAACCCAAAGCGUUGGUCGUACAUCCGGAAAAGGGAUACUUGUACUUCUCGGAAUGGUCGUUGCAGGUGAGGAGGUGGAAAAAAUAUUUUGCAAAGAAAUUUUUUGGAAAAGUUGCGAAAAUUUUAACUCGGACGAGUCGGAGACGUCUUGAUAGAAAUGAAAGAGGGUACCCAACUGAGUAACAAUAAAAUAGUGGUUCAUCCCAUCGAAUUUUUUAUUUCCAGCUUGCUACAAAAAAUUUCAAGGUACUUUUUGGGAAAUUUUUUGGCAUACAGUGACGGAUCUGAUCCAGUGUCAAAAAACGUGCCAUUUUCGAUCCCGGAAGUAUCGAAAAAUCUAGCAAAACACCUCCCUCUCCAAGUGAAAAAACCCGAUUUCAAAAGCAAGCCCUUCGAAACGGAGUUUUUUUUAGUUUGAGAGGGAGGUAUAAUAUUUUGCUAGAUUUUUUGAUACUUCCGGGAUCCAAAAUGGUACGUUUUUUGCCACUGGAUCAGGUCCGUCACUGUAUGACAAAAAAUGUCCCAAAAAGUACCUUGAAAUUUUUUGUGCCAAGCUGCAAAUUAGAAAUUCGAUGGGCUGAACCACUAUUCUAUUGUUACUCAGUAGGGUACCCCCUUUCAUUUCUAACAUGACGUGUCCGACUCGUCCGGAAAGAACUAUAAAAAAUAGAGUUUUUUUGACUUUUUUCCAACUGAAAGCUUUGAAUUUUUAAUCAAAAAAUCAAAAUUUCUUUUUUUUUCCAGCCUUACAUUGGCCGGGUCGCGUUGGACGGCCGGAGCGCCAACGCCUCCACCAACGACCCGAUCACGAAGCUCGCGGAAAAUGAUCUGGGCUGGCCCAACGCGCUGGCCAUCGACUACUACAGCGAGAAGUUGUUCUGGGCCGACGCCCACCUCAACGAGCUCGGCUGGAUGGACUUGGACGGCCGGAAUCGGCACCAUAUCCCCGCCAAACGCACCUCUCACAUCUCUUCGUUGACUGUGUUUGAUGACACACUCUAUUGGUCGGAUUGGAACUUGAGACAAGUCAUUUCGGCGUCCAAGUUUACGGGAGGAAAUGAGACGGUGUUGGAGACGACAAUUCAGCUGCCAAAUGACCUGAGAAUCGUCCAUCCCCUGCGGCAACCGGCGUACAAAAACCCGUGUGGCGAUGAGAAUGGAGGCUGCUCGCAUUUGUGUCUAAUCGCGGCGGGUGGCCAAGGAUUUACCUGCAAUUGCCCCGAUCAAUUCGUCCUUUUGGCCGACAACAAGACUUGCGAACCCAACUGCACGGAACGACAGUUCGCAUGCGGCGGCGAGGACGCCAAAUGCAUCUCCAAACUGUGGUAUUGCGACGGCGAGAAGGACUGCCGCGACGGCAGCGACGAGCCCGAAACUUGCGCCCAACGCAUCUGCCCCGUCGGCGAGUUCCAAUGCGACAACCACAACUGCACCCGCCCCUUCCAAUUGUGCGACGGAGUGGACGAUUGCGGCGAUCGCAGCGACGAAAAGGACUGCGACAAGCCCUGCGACCCCUGGAUGUACAAGUGCAAAGCCACCGGCAAAUGUAUCCCGCUGAGGUUCACCUGUGAUGGAGAUGAUGAUUGUGGAGAUCGCAGCGACGAAUCGGAUGAGAUUUGCAAGAGUCCGGCGAGAAAUUGCACCGCUGAAGAGUUUAGGUGGGCGUUUUGAAAUGACUGGGAGGGAAAUUGGGAAUUUUGGGCAAAUUGGUAAUUUUGGGCAAGUUGAAAAUUCAGAGAAAUAUUUCUUUUUUUUUUGGAUUUUCAACUUGACCAAGAUUUCCGAUUUGCAUUUGGGCAGAUUGGUCAGGUUGGACAAAUUGGAAAUUUUGGCCAAGUUGAAAAUUCAGAAAAAAUUAAUAUUUUUUUUCUGAAUUUUCAACUUGACCAAAAUUCCCAAUUUGCCCAAAAUUACCAAAAAUCCCGCAUUUUUAUCCGUUUUAUUCCCGAAAAAAUGGCCAAAUUAACCGCCAUCCAAUUCCAGAUGCAAUAACAACAAGUGCAUCGCGAAGGCGUGGCGCUGCGACAACGACGACGACUGCGGCGACAACUCGGACGAGCCGGCCGAGUGCGCGACCACGGAGUGCCCGCGCGGCUGGAGCCGGUGCGCCAGCAGCUACCGCUGCAUCCCCGACUGGGCCUUCUGCAACGGACAGGACGACUGCCGCGACGAAUCCGACGAGAUCCUGUCGCGCUGCCCCACCUGCGACGACGUCGGGGAGUUCCGCUGCGCCACCACCGGCAAAUGCAUCCCCAAGCGGUGGAUGUGCGACAGCGAAAAUGACUGCGGCGACAACUCGGACGAGACGGACGGCGAAUGCGGCGGCACCUCGCGCCCAUGCUCCGAAUCCGAGUUCCGCUGCAACGACGGACGCUGCAUCCCGCAGAGCAAGGUGUGCGACGGAACCAUCCAGUGCAGCGACGGCCUCGACGAAAGCAAUUGCCAAUCGAGGAAGUGCAACGACGGCUUCAGACAAUGCGAUGACGGCACAUGCAUCCCCGAACACAAAUGGUGCGACAGGAGGCGAGAUUGCGCCAAUGCGUCCGAUGAAACUCAUUGUGAAGAUCAUGUAAGGGAUUUUUGAGGGACUCGAGCAAAAAAAAGUUGUUUUUGAAAUUUUUUUUGGGAUUUUUUGAUUUUUAAAGCGCUGUAUUUUAGUGGUCAUUGAAAAUUGUGGCUUGAAAUUUUCAGCGAUUAAUGAGAAUAUCCUAGAGAUGAUUUUUGGAAAGUUUUAUCAAAAUCCGACCACUUUGAAAUUUUCGAUUUUGACCUACCUACUACAAUAUAAUUUUCAAAGCUCUGUAUUUUAGUGGUCAUUGAAAACUGAGCCUUGAAAUUUUCAGCGAUUACUGAGGAUAUCAUAGAGGUGAUUUUUGGAAAGUUUUAUCAAAAUCCAACCACUUUGAAAUUUUCGAUUUUGACCUGCCUUCUACAAUAUAAAAUUUUCAGCCCAACCGCCGCCAAUGCUCCCCUUACGAAUUCGAAUGCGGAAAUUCAGUGUGUAUCCCGCGCAAAUUCAUGUGCGACGGCGACAACGAUUGCGGCGACAACUCGGAUGAGACCAACGCCCAAUGUCGCACCGCACAGUGCGAACCCCCACUUCGAUUCCGGUGCGCCCACUCGAGGCUGUGCGUGAAUAUCCUCCAACUAUGCAAUGGAUACAAUGAUUGUGGACCGAACGACUAUUCGGACGAACAUUUGAGCAUGUGCUCGUCGUUCAGCGAGUACGGCGACUGCUCGAGCGACGAGUUCAAGUGCGCCAAUGGGAAAUGCAUCAAUGCGACGCUGGCGUGCGAUAGAAACGAUGAUUGUGGAGACGCUUCAGACGAAAUUGGAUGCAGUAAGUCGAGUUUGAGAAAAAAUUUGGUGUUUUUGGGAGGUUUGAUGCCUAAACGGACAGGUUAUACGAUGAAACAUGUUUUGCGGAAAACAUUGUAAAAAUGAAAAUGUUGGUUAGAAAAUGGAGCAGUUGAGAUAGUCGGAGGAUUUUUGGAGUAAAAUUAUGGAUUUUUACCGACCUGGAGACAUUUUAUACGAAGAAAUUAUUUUUUUCGAAUUUGAUCUAAAACAAUAUAACAUCGGUAAAGAAAGAAUGUAGAAUUAUUAACUUGGACUAGAUACUGAAUUUUCAAGUUAUUUCUGAUUUUUUAUAUAUGGACAUUUUGUACGAAAAAAGAAAUUUUUGAAAUUUUUUGUCCUAAAGUAAUAUAGUUUUAGCCCAAAAACCCAAUGAAGUCCCGCUAAAUUCACUUCCUUUUCAGACAAGAACAACGGAAAGACCUGUGCGGCCGCCAACGGAGGCUGUAACCACCUGUGCACGGACGUGGAAGGCGGUUAUUACUGCCACUGCCGAGACGGAUUCCAGCCCAAUCCCCUGAACCCACUGGACUGCAUCGACAUUGACGAGUGCGCCGGGAACAACACCUGUAGCCAGGAGUGCAUGAACACCAAAGGCUCCUACAUUUGCCGCUGUUUGGACGACUACGAAAACAAUGUUGUGGUGGGCGCGAUGAGUGGGAAAGAUUGCCGCGCCAAGGGCGACUACGCCCAGGUGGUGGUGGCCGCCGACGACCAACUGGUCCAGCUGAGUCUGGCCGGCGCCUCGGGAGUGAAUCGAAACGCGGCGGCGCACGCCGCCGACGAGGAGAGCGAUAUAAUCGCGGUGGAGUUCGAUCCGCGCCGCGAGUUGAUGUUCUGGAUCGACAGCGCCCAAAAGAAGAUCUUCCGCUCCGCCAUCGCCAAAGGCAACCAGUCGCAUGAAGGCGAGCCGCUGGACAUUGAUUUCGAACAACUCGGCCUUCAACCCACCGCACUGGCCGUCGAUUAUGUGACUGGCAACUUGUUCUUCACCGCCAUGGCAUCGGAUACGAAUAGCAUCCUUGUGGAGCGAAGGAAACGCGAGAUUGCGGAGAAUCAGAGAGCUGUAGCUCAAGAGGAAGCUAGAUCAGGAGCUAUUACGGAGAAUGAGAGCUAUAACGCCCGACAGAAACGAAUGUCCGAGCCAAGAAUCCCGGACUCGGGCUCAGUGUGGAUCGCCACGAAUGACGGCCGAUAUAUCAAGAAGAUCAUCGCUGGCCACCUUCAUGUCCCAACCAGCAUUAUCACGAUCCCAGCGCUGGGCCGCAUUUGCUACGCCGACGCCGGAUUCCUGGCCAAGAUUGAGUGCGCCGACUCGGACGGAAACCACCGACAAAUCGUCGUGAAUAAGGUCAUAUUUACCCCCACCUCGCUCGCCGUGGACGAGGGAAAGAACAACCGAAUCUUCUGGACUGACCCCAAGUUCAAGAGCAUCGAAUCGGUCCUCCCCAACGGCAGCAAACGCCAAUGGGUCGGCCAUUCGGAACAUUCCCCAUGGGCCCUGGAUGUCUUUGAAAAUCAUGUGUAUUGGGUAUCGAAGGACACGCAAACACUGUAUGUUCAAGACAAAUUUGGAAGAGGAAGAGCUCACAUUCUCGCCUCAGCCUUGCCAGACGUGCACGGAGUUCGCAUCCAACAGAAAUUCGCCAAAGAUACGAGAAGGUUGAAGGACCCCUGCGAACAAGCAAAGUGCACUCAUUUGUGCGCCAACCUCGGAAACAACGCCUUCAGAUGCCUGUGUCCACAGAAUGUCACCGAACUUGCGGUAGGUUUUUGUUUUGAUAGGAUUUUGGCGAUUUUAGGAGAUCAAUUAUAUUGUACUAGGCAAGAAUUGCUAAAAUUGUAUGUUAGGCUUGGGAAAUUUAGAAAAUUUAGAGUGAGUUCGCUGUGAAAAGGCGAGUUGUGUAGAGAAGAAGGGAGAAACGACAAUUUUGUGACUAAAAUUAUAUUACUAUGUCAUAAAACACCAAUUUUUUGUAGGUUUUUUUGGGAACUGGGACGAUUAGGGAAACCGAAAAGUUUUAUUCUUCUUCGAUGCAGGUUUCGAAAUCAAGAUUAUCGAUGGUGCUGAUUUCGACACAUGCAUCGAAAAAAAAACUUUUCGGUUUCCCAAUCGUCCUAGUUCCCAAAAAAGCUAAUGUAAUAUCAAAAAUUACAAAAUAUUGGAGUUUAAUGUCAUGGAUAAUAUAAUUUUUUUCCACAAUAUUGUCGUUUUGCCCUUCUUCUCUACAGAACUCGACCUUUCACAGCGAUCUCACUCUGAAUUUUCUAAAUUUCCCAAGCCCGACUUUAUCCUAAUUUUGAUUCUGCAUCGCACGUCAAUCCAGCGCAUUUCCUGAACCGUUUCGAAGCUUCGUAUCGUUUUCAUUAUGUUUUAUUUUCAUAAAAAUAAUUUCUUUUUCUCGAAAAGGAAGAAGAAAGAUACGAAAAUGCGUUUUAUCGGAUAGUGACACUUCGUUUUGAACGAAUCACCAAAAAGGGGCGGGUCAUUUUUUCUUCUAUGUUGGAUUGACGUGGAUCGGAGGAAAAUAAAAUUUUUCGGUUCCCCAAUCGUCCAACCCUGGUUUUUUAUGUCUCUCCUAAUUAAAUAUCAAUAUUAUUUCAGGAUGGCACCUGUGCCGGCCUCAAACUCGACGCCAGACCCCUACCAAAACAGUGCAAAUGCGAAAACGGAGGCAAAUGCCUGAUCAACGGGAACUGCGAUUGCGGAGAAUUUGAAGGAGAAUUCUGUCAGAAGGGAUCCACAGUCUCCAAACAGCUGAUCGGCAGACUCGGCUCGGGCGGCAUCUUCGCCAUGCUGCUGAUGUUGGCCUUGUUGAUUUGCUUGGGCGUUGUGACCGUGUUGGCGAUGACAAUGUACAAAAAGAGGACCCUGUUCAACAAGAAGAACGAGCUGGCUGACGGCACCGUCUCGUUCCGAGGCAAUGUCAUCUCGUUUGGAAACCCGGUACUGGAUAAUAAGGUGAGUUUUGGGGAAAUUUUAUAUUAUACUAGGCGGAUUGGGGAAAAAUGGAAUUUUGGGGAGAUUUGAUGGUUUUAAAAGAGAGAAAAAGUAGUAAUAGGAUAGAAUAAGGUGUAAAAAUGAAUUUAGAAUCUGCUUUCUGUAGCGAAGAGACAUUUUUUAUAUUACACUAGGUAGAGUAAUAUAAAAAAUUUGAAUUUUCUGGGGAUUUCAAGGUUGUUGAAGUUGUCAAUUUCUCGAAGGUAAAAUACGAUAUAGAAAUUCAUUAGAAACAAUUGUUCCAGAAAAAAGUCGAAAUUUUUUAUAUUACACUAGGCAAAGAUUGUAGAAGAUAGCACUUUCUGAGGAAAAAAUCAGGCCUAAAGGCUAUAACAAGUUCUAUCAAGCUAGAAUAAGAAGAAACAAGCUAUUUACAACCAAAAUUUCAGAACGAAAUCGAAACGGAAGACGACUAUUCGAUGAGCGAGAUCAGCGAGCCCACCUCGACCACAACCACCACCUUCACGAACCCCGUCUACGAGCUGGAAGCGGCCCAAGCCCAUCUAGACGCCGCCUCCACUCCACCCGACACACCCUCCACCUCGCGUGUCUCCAGCCCCUAA